UGCAUGCAACCGGGCGAAAUCGCAAGCUCCACGCCACAUUCAAGCCCUGGGGAUUCUGCCGACUCGUCACCAACCGUCGCACAUCGGCGCAAAACCCUUGCGACAAUCAGUCUCGUGACCUCACGAACCCAAGAUUGCCAGCAAAACUGCCAUUGGCCCUCAUUCGAGUCGUUUCGCUACUCGACGGCAGGUCCUCGAGACGAGCUUACACAUUGCAAAAACCCCCCGUCGCCCGACAUGGCAGCCCAACCACAGCAGCAGAAUGAGAAGGGGGAUGCGCCGGUGGCGGCGUCGAUGAAGAAGGGUCCCAGCGCACUGAGGUCUAUCAUUGCCGGGUCUACGGCCGGUGCAGUUGAGAUUGCUAUUACCUACCCUGCCGAAUUCGCCAAGACACGUACACAAUUGAACCGGAAUCUCGCCGAGGGACAGAAGCUGCCGUGGCCGCCGUUCGGCAAGCAGUGGUAUGCCGGCUGCACGACGCUCAUAAUAGGAAAUUCGGCCAAGGCGGGAAUUCGAUUUGUUGCCUUUGAUCAGUACAAAAGUCUGCUUGCGGACGAGAAUGGAAAGAUGUCGGGUCCAAGGACAGUCCUGGCUGGCUUUGGCGCGGGUGUCACAGAGUCUCUGCUCGCUGUGACGCCGACGGAGAGUAUCAAGACGACCUUAAUUGAGGACCGCAAAUCGGCAAAGCCACGCCUGCGUGGGUUCCUACAUGCCGUGCCCAUAAUAGCCCGCGAACGUGGCAUAAAGGGCUUCUUCCAGGGCUUUGUGCCGACAACGGCAAGACAGUCAGCCAACAGCGCGACGCGCUUUUCGGCCUACACUUUCCUACGGCAGAUGGCUGAGUCUUACACGGCGCCAGGGGAGAAGCUUGGCACGGUUGGGACCUUUGCUGUUGGCGGUGUCGCGGGCCUCAUCACAGUAUACGUCACGCAGCCGCUGGAUACCAUCAAGACUCGCAUGCAGAGCUCGGAGGCUAAGUCCGUCUACGGGAACAGCUUCCGUUGCGCGUCCAUCAUUUUCAAGCAAGAGGGUAUCCUGACCUUUUGGAGCGGCGCGCUGCCUCGCCUGGCAAGGCUGAUAAUGAGUGGUGGUAUUGUGUUCACCAUGUACGAGAAGAGCAUGGACUUGAUGGGACGGAUGGACCCGGAUGGAAAGUACAUCUAAGUGGGGUUGCACUUUGAUGACAGCCUUGCUCCUUUUACAUUGCGAAGUGUAUAUGGGAUAAAAAGCGGUGUUGAGGAGUUUUUUUGUACAUGGUACUGCCACGUGACUUUCUGGGUAUAAAAUCUAGAUGACAAUACACAGAUAUGAUACAGGCA